AUGAAAGUUAAAUUGGCAGCACAAACCUUGAGCCAUACAGUUGCCGCUGGGAUGAUGGCAAAAAUUUCCGAAGGAACAUUGAAUCCAGAAGCAGUUGCAACUGCAGGUGUCAUUUCAAACAUGGAUAAACUGUUUGAUUCUGUCAACAGCGACUCUCCAGAUUUGCGCCGUGGAAAAAUACAUGCAACAAAUUUAAAACCCACCACACCACAUCUGCAAUUAUUUAAAGAUAUGAAAUUAUUUUUUAAUACUUUAAAAUUUGUAGGCUGCACACGCACACCACCUUCAAAAGAAGGAUGGAUUAGUAAAUUUGUGUCACGAAAUUUCUACAGCACUCAAGGCGCCAUGAUAACGGCGGUGAAUGACUUUCUAGAUGACCUGCGGUACCUCCUGGCGAGGGAAUCCCGUCUUCUGGCGCUGGGCAAGAAACCAGUCAAUAAGAAGAUCGCGAAUUUCGUGAAAUCCGAUGGCUCCGGAGUAUGGGGUGAUUUUUUGGACACGUUCAGCGAGGACCUCACGAGGAAUUUAAACGUCUACCAAAUGAGGUUCAUUGAAGACGUAAGCGGCCGCAGCUCUGAGAGAAGAUUCCCGUUUAGUGACGAUUCUAUUGAUGUGUUUAAACAUCGCAGAAUGCAUUUAUGUGGCGGCAAAAUGACCGAGGCACCUAUAGUGAAGGUGGAGCAGGGCGCGCUGCAAGGCCGCGUCGCAAACAGCCCUUCGGGGAGGGCUUUCUACAGUUUUCAGGGGGUGCCCUACGCAAAACCACCCCUGGGCUCGCUUCGGUUUAAAGCCCCGCAGCCGCCGGAGCCCUGGGACGAUGUCCGCGACGCCACAUCCGAAGGCAACAUCUGCGCGCAGAUCGACCCCAUCACCAAGGGCUACGCAGGCGACGAGAACUGCCUCUUCCUCAACAUAUACACGCCGGACCUGGAGGGGCAUUCCCUGCCUGUGAUGGUGUUCAUCCACGGCGGCGGCUUCCUGUUCGGAUCGGGCAGCGCGACGAUGUACGGCGGGGACUACCUGGUGGAGAGGGACGUGGUGGUGGUGACGGCGAACUACAGGUGCGGCGCGCUCGGCUUCCUCGCCCUGGACACGCCCGAGGUGCCCGGCAACGCGGGCCUGAAGGACAUGGCGCUGGCUCUGCGCUGGGUCCAGAGCAACAUCGGCAACUUCGCCGCGGGGACCCGGCCAACUCCGCUCACGAGGAACCUGAUCAGCAAGGCGAUCAUCCAGUCCGGCACGGCGCUGAGCAGCUGGGCGCUGCAGACGCAGCCGCUGGAGCAUGCGCGGACUCUGGCUGGCUCACUCGGCUGCGAGGCGAACAGCGUCGACGAAAUCCUCGAAUUCCUCUCGACCACCCCCGUAAAGGACAUAGUCGAGGCGACGAGCCAACUGCAGACCGUGGAGCGCUUCUACGAGCAGGGCUCCAACUAUUUCGCGCCGGUCGUAGAGAAGGAGUUCCCUGGCGUGGAGGCGGCGUUGACGGAGUCCUUCAUAGGGCUGCUGACGUCCGGCCGGCUGGCCGACAUACCCGUCAUGAUAGGCUCGACCGCGCUCGAAUUCGCUAAAGAGAGACAGGGCGAUCUGCAAGCGUACAUUCCGCGGGAGCUGCACCUGAAGAGGGACAGCGAGGAGUCGCUGGCGGUCGCGGAGGGCAUCGAGAGGGUGUACUUCAAGGGCGCUGAAGACAACGCGCUGGAGAGGCAGCGGCUGCUCUCCGACGUGCUGGUCAACGUGGACACGCACAGAUACGUCCAGUACCUGGUGAAGGCGACCAACAGGCCGAUAUACUACUACAAGUUCGACUACGUCGGCGCGCUGAAUCUGUCGAAGCGGCUGGGCGACGGCCAGGAAUCGGAGUAUGCAGCGCACCUGGACGAGCUGGGCUACCUCUUCAAGAACGACUAUCAGAAGGAUGUAGAGCCCACGGCGCAGGAUGUCAAGAUGCGCGAGCGGAUGCUGAGGCUCUGGACCAACUUCGCCAAAAUUGGGAACCCGACGCCCGACGAGAACCAUUACUUGAAGGUGACCUGGCUCCCCGUCACCAAGGACAAGCUCUACUACCUGAAACUGGGCGGCGAACUCUCGCUGGAGACCAGCCCCGACAAGGAGAGGAUGGACUUCUGGGACGAGGUCUACGAGAAGCACUUCAAGAUCUGGGACCAGCCGCGGAUCAGCGCAGAGGCGCAGACGAGGGUCGAGGUCGUCGACUUCGUCAAGCACGAGACCUCAUCUUCCACUGUGGAGACGAAGGAGACGUUGAUCGAGACCUUCGAGCAGAUCGUGGUCUCGAGCGAAGACUCACCCUCGGAGCAGCCGGAGCCGGUGCCGGAGCUGCCAGCCGCGCCAGAGCCGCAGUCCCCUCCAGAGCUGCCAGCCGCGCCAGAGCCGCAGUCCCCUCCAGAGCUGCCAGACGCGCCAGAGCCGCCAACCGUGCCAGAACUGCCAGCCGUGCCGGAGCCAGUGGCGGCGGUGCCGGCCUCCAACGGCGUGAAGGAGCCCCACGUGAACGGCCUGGAGCAGAAGAAGCCUCGGACCUCCAACGAGAUAAAGAUGGUGCAGCAGAGCAACGGCCACCCCAAAGACGUGAUCAGGGCCAACGACCCCCCAGAAGACGACCUGCCCAAGAACAUAGGCGUGAACAAGUUCGUCAACUUCUUCGAAUCGCUCGGCGGCAAGAAG